AUGGCUAGUCCCAACGUUCUUACCUUUGAUCCUGAGGGUCGAGCGGUAGACUUUGAGGUCUGGGUAGAUGAUCUGCAGCUUUUCCUGCAGUGCGAUAGCAAACACGACCUCUCGCUUUUCGAUCUCACGUCUGGCGCCUCUACUGCCCCUGCUGCCGGUGCUAACAGUACUGUUUGCUCACAGUGGACCACACGCGAUGCGCCUGCUCGUCUUGCUGUGCGUAGUCACCUGCCGUCCACUGAGCGCGCGCAUUUUAGCCAGUACAAGACUGCUAAGACCUUGUACAACGCUGUAGUUGCACGCUACUCCUCCCCUACCACUGCUGCCCUUAGUCGCCUCAUACUGCCGUACCUGUUCCCUGACCUCGCCGCCUUUCCCACAGUCGCUGACCUCAUUACGCACUUCCGCACUAGUGACACCCGCUACCGCGGUGCCCAUCCUGCUGAGUUCUGCGCCAAGAACCACUCCCCCCCCAUGUACAUCACCCUCUACUUCAUAGUCACCCGGCUCCCUGACUCCCUUCGCUCGGUCAGGGACCACUUCCUCUCUGUUUGGCCCACCACACUCACCGUUGUCCUCCUCGAGGAGCGCCUCCUGGCAGGUGAGAAGAGUAUAGUUGCUAUAGGAGCCUCUCGUGGUGACCCUCGUGCCCCAUUCUUUGAGGGGUGUUCCCCGGUCCCCCUUUUGCCCUCUAUUGCCGAUUCUGCUGCUGUCGACCUCGUUGGCACCGAGUUGGUCGGCGCAGCGUCUGCCCCUAGCGGGAUGCACCGCAAUGGCAAGGGCAAGGAGGGCAAGGGUGUUGGGGGAGCGAGCGGGGGCGGUGGGGGCGGCGGAGGGGGUGGGGGUGGCAGUGGGAGUGGUGGCGGGGGUGGGGGCUCUAGUGGCGGUGGCGGAGGCGGCGGCGGCAGUGGCGGUGGGAGUGGAGGAGGCGGCGGUGGCGGCGGUGGCGGUGGCGCUGGUCGAGGUGGCUAUGUGCCGCGGGGAGGCUUCAGUGGUGGCCAGCGUUCGCAGCAGCAGCGCUCUCAUGAGACCCCGCCGCCCCAGCAGCUUCGUGAGUGGUACGCUGCGCGUCAGCGGUCUGGGGGUGUUGGUCCCUAUGCCUACGGCCUGCGCACUGGUGACCGCACUGGGGAGCCGUGCGGCGGGCAGCACACCACCCAGCGCUGCUUUGGCCGCCUGACUGGCGCCUGGCGUCUCCAGUUCCCUGAGGUCUCUAAGAUCCCUCGCUGGGGUGACUUGCUCAAGUCUGUUGUAGCUAUCUUUGAUCUUGACUAUGAUGCUAUUCUUGCUGCAAUGUAUGUUGUAUCUACUAGUGAGGAGGGUGAUUGUUACCUGUGUGUUCCGCCUGACCCGAGCAUUGCAGCUGCUGCUCUAGGUGCUCGCGAGUCUGCUGCUCCAAGUACUAGUGAGUCUGUUGCUCCAUGUACUGGUGAGUCUGCUCUCUCAGGUACCACGUCUGCGGCCCUGUCUGGCUCCCUCUCACGUCUUUACCUCCCCUCAUUCUCUACGAACUUGGUGAGUGGUGCUGACCUGCAGGAUGGGGGAGUUGACCAGUUCACUCCUGCGAGUUAG